AUGUCGAUGUCAGUUUAAUUUUAAUGUCAAAUCUUGCAGACAGACAUGUUUAUUGUAUUUCCAUUGUGUAUUCUCCUAAGUCCUAGUUUUGUUUAACUUAAAUGCUUGUUUAACUGUGUUUUAAGUAAUCAGCCUUAAUCCUCGUCGAGUCUUCCUACAUUACUCCUCACAAAACUAUUAAGUGCAUAAGCCAAGAUGAACGUGCUACCAGCCCAACCCGUUGGGAUACAGAGCACGGCUGGUGCUGUGCCCAUUCGAAAUGAAAAGGGAGAGAUUUCUAUGCAAAAAGUAAAGGUUCAGAGGUACAUAUCGGGUAAAAAGCCAGAUUAUGCCCAGGGCGCUUCAUCCUCAGAAGAGUCUGACACAGAGGAUUUUAUAGAGCAGCAGAAACCAGAUCGUAGACAGCAGACAUUACCACAAAUCAUCAGCAAGAAAGAAGAACAUCUCAGUGAUUCUGAGAAGGAGGUGGACGAUCCUCGUCUCCGUCGAUUACGUCAAGCAGCAAAGUCCCCACCACGGCGCGCAGAACAUAAACCGGAGAUCAUAGAUGCAGAACCAGAAGUAGAAUCUGAUACCAGUGUAGAGGAAGCCCGGGACUCUUCUGAGAGUGAGGAUGAACUUGAUGAGGAAGAGAUUGAGAGGCGCAGACAGGCUCUCAAAGCAAAGCUUGCGGCCAGGGAAGCUGAGAAGGAGGUUCUUGGAAGGGAUGAUGAUGAGGAAAUGUUGGAUGGAGACAAGGAAGAGAGUGGUUCAUCAGACACAGAGUAUACAGACAGUGAAGAAGAUACAGGCCCGCGCGUCAAACCCGUAUUCGUAAGAGCGUCAGACAGAAUGACUGUGCAAGAGCGAGAGCGUAAAGUUAAGCAGCAAAAGAAAGAAGAAGUAGAAGCCAGGAAAGAAAAAGAGGAAAGGAGAAGGGAAGCUUUGAAACUUGUUGAAGAAACUAUUCGGUCGGAACAAAGGAGUACACAGGGUGAACAAAAAGAAGGCAAUAUAAACGACGUGUGUACUGACGAUGAAAAUGACGAGCUUGAGUACGAAGCGUGGAAGUUGCGUGAAAUGAAGCGCAUCAAACGCGACAAGGAGGAACGAGAAGCUGUCGAAAAGGAGUUGCUUUCAAUCGAGCGUAUGCGUAACAUGACGGAAGAGGAACGUCGCGUGGAACAACGUCUGAACCCCAAACUCGUUACCAACAAAUCCGUGAAGGGCAAAUACAAGUUCCUACAAAAAUACUACCACAGAGGUGCCUUCUACUUGGACAAAGAAGACGAGGUGUUCAAACAAGACUUCUCCGGUCCAACUCUGGACGAUCACUUUGAUAAGACUGUUUUACCUAAGGUGAUGCAAGUAAAGAAAUUCGGCCGUUCAGGUCGGACAAAAUACACUCAUCUCGUUGACCAAGAUACCACAGAGUUCGAUUCAGCCUGGAGCAACGAGGGCGCAGCCGCAAGGCUAGCUAACUUCCGAGGCGGCAUGAAACAAGUCUUCGAUAAGCCUUCCGCUAAGAGGAAGCAUAAUGUGUGAUAAAUGCACUGUCAUGUCAAAAGACUGUAGCCUUUUUUAUAUUUUUUACACAUAUUACAUGAAUUGGUUUGCUUAGGAUUGGUCAUAAUUGGCUAAGAGGAGAUAUGCAUGGAAAAAUCUGACCUUAUCAAUGAAAUCUCACCAUCCAAGCCUUUUCCCAACUAUGUUGGGGUCGGCUUCCAUUUAUCAAUGAAAUCUAUAUCUACAGGGUGGCCCAUCCAUAGGCGUCCAAAAGAAAAAUUUAGAAGCUCUAUGCUAUGGGGUAUCUGAAUCACCCCCAUGUAUAUUCAGCGAUUUUUUGUACUUUAGAAGCUAGAAUUAUUUUUAAUUUUUUUGAUAUACUUCUACAUUUUAUGAACUUCAGAUAGAAUUUUAUGUAAGUUCUAAAAUGUUUAGCCAAACUGCUUUUUUUCAGGUGUUAGCUAUUAUCAUGAUGAUUAAUUAUACAAAAAAGAUAAAAUAAAAUAGAAAAAACAAUGUUGAAAUGAAAAUUA